AUGCGCGCGGCGCUCGCGGCCGCGGCGAGCGACGCGCUGUCGAGCCAGGCGCUGCUCCCCGGGUUGAGCGCCGUCUUCUACGGUCUGGCGUCGCUGAGCGUCGUGUUCCUGAACAAGGAGAUCCUGGACCUCUACCGCUUCCCGUCGACGUCGCUGCUGCUCUUCCUGCAGCUGUCGGCGACCCUCGCGCUCGCGGCCGCGGCCUACGCGGGGUGGCGCGCGACGGGCGCUUACAAGCAGACGAGGGGCGCGGACCGGUCCGCGGCGGCGCGGUCCGCGGCGCCGCCCCUGGCCCUCCUCUUCCUCGGCGACGUCGCCCUGGGCCACGUCGCGAGCCGCGCGCUGGGCCUCGACGCGUUCGCGGCGUUCCGGCGCCUGAGCAUCCCGCUCGCGCUCCACCUCGAGCUCUGGUGCGGCCAGGCGGACUUCAACGGCCCCGUCGCGGCCGCGGCCUGGGCCAUGGUCUCCGGCCCCAUGCUGGGCCUCUUCUUCGGGCGGGGCAAGGCCGCGGAGGCGACGGCGGCCGUCGCCGCGGUGCCGUCCGAGGCGCUCGGCGGCGCCGCGGCCGUCGCGCAGGCGCUCCGGGGCGACGGCGCCGCGACCCUCGACCGGCGCGUGCCCCGCAACGGCACGUCGCUGCUCCGCCACCGCGUCUCGGGCAAGCGGGCGACGAAGCUCGAGCGGCCGAGCUCCGGCGCGGCGUUCUUCGACGCGUUUUCCGCCCAGGGCUGCGUCGCGGCCGUCGCGUCCGCCGUCGUCGUCGCCGGCCGCGUCGUCUACCUCAAGCGCGUGCUCGACGACGCGCGGGACGACGCCGACGAGAGCGACGCGGGGCCGGAGGAGGACGCCGUCGGCCUGCUCUUCGACGCCAAGGGCGAGGCGACGCUGCGAUCGGGCGACGGGCGGCCCGCGCCUUCUCGGAACCCGGCCGCGGGCCUCGCCGCCGCGGGGCCCCACGGCUUCGCGGGCGCGCUGCUGGCGCGGACGACGGCGCUCUGCCUGCCGGCCGUCGCGCUCCUCGGCGUCGUCCUCGACUACGGCGCGCUCGCGCGCGCGCGGCGGCUCGACGCGUGGUCCGACGCCGCGUUCGUGUCGCGCUUCGGCCUGCUCGUGGCCGUCGCGGGCCCCGUGCACGAGGUCGCCGUCUACCUCUGCGUGCUCCACAACAGCGCGCUGACGACGCUCAUCGCCGGCGCCUUCAAAUCGACGGCGCUGGCCGCGUACCACGCCGUCGUCGCGUCGGCGAUCGCCGGCGAGCCGCCGCAGGACGCGUGGGACGCGCUGGGCAUGGCCAUCACGGCCCUCGCGAGCCUGGUGUACACGGUCGAGUGGUUCAAGCUGAGCCGGCGGCGGAAGCACGGGCUCAAGCACCGCGCGGCGUCGGCGCUCUGGGCGUCGCCGACGGCGGGCCUCGACCGCGGCCUCCGGUGGCCGCGCCGCGCGGACGCGCCCGCGUGGCGGAGCGGGGGGACGCGCAGCCCGAGCUUCGACAGCCUCAUGCUGCGCCGCGGCGCCCACCACCGGUCCGCCGAGAACCUCGCGGAGACCAUCUUCGGCGCGUAA